AGCCCAGUGGUAGUGGAUGGAAAGAUCCUCCCAGCAGACUUGGUUCCUCUACCAGUAAUGGAUUUUGAUGUAAUCCUGGGGAUGGAUUGGUUGUCAACUCACUAUGCCACUUUAGACUGCAGGAACAAAAAGGUGUAUUUCCACAUACCUGGUGUGGAAGAGUUUAGCUUUGAUGGUGACAGGAGCGUGGCUCCAUAUAAUUUGGUGUCAGCAAUUAGUGCUAGAAAAAUGUUGAGGCGUGGAUGCCAAGGGUAUUUGGCAUUGGUGAGAGAUACAUCUGUAGAAGGUGUCAGCAUGGAAAAUGUUCCUAUUGUCAGAGAAUUUAUGGAUGUCUUCCCAGAGGAGCUUCCAGGGUUGCCACCAGGAAGGGAAAUAGAGUUUUGCAUUGAUGUUGUGCCGGGUACAAACCCCAUAUCGAUGCCACCUUACAGGAUGGCACCAGCAGAAUUGAAAGAGCUGAAGGAGUAACUACAGGAGCUUUUGGACAAGGGUUUUAUACGUCCGAGCACUUCACCUUGGGGUGCUCCUGUUCUAUUUGUUAGAAAGAAGGAUGGGUCAUUGAGGUUGU